AGGCGCGCGGCGGCCGGACGGCAGGGAGCCGAGCUUGCGGGCGGACGUGCGGGUGGCUGGCCGUACGGACACUUAGCCCGGACCCGGGCGGCGAUGUGGGGAGGUCCGGGCAGCCCGGGCGGUGGCGGGGCCGGGGGCGGGGCCGGGGGCGCCGCCGACCCCGCCCCCCUGCGCCGCAGGAGCCGCCGCCCGAGCGCCGACCCGGGAGUGCGAGGCGGCUCUGGCGUGCGGGACCCCGAGGACGCGGCCAUGCCGGGCGGAGCAGAGGCUGGGGAGGCCGAGGAGGAGGCUGGGGCCGGCUCCGGGUCCGAGGCGGAGGAGGACGCGCUGUGGGAGCGGAUCGAGGGCGUCCGGCACCGGCUGACGCGCACCCUCAACCCGGCCAAGCUCACGCCGUAUCUGCGCCAAUGCCGGGUCAUCGACGAGCAGGACGAGGAGGAGGUGCUGAGCACCUACCGCUUCCCGUGCCGUGUCAACCGCACCGGGCGCCUGAUGGACAUCUUGCGCUGCCGGGGGAAGAGGGGCUAUGAGGCCUUCCUGGAAGCCCUGGAGUUCUACUACCCCGAGCACUUCACACUGCUCACUGGCCGAGAGCCUGCCCAGCGCUGCUCCAUGAUCCUCGAUGAGGAGGGGCCUGAGGGCCUGACCCAGUUCCUGAUGACAGAGGUGCGGCGGCUGCGGGAGGCUCGAAAGAGUCAGCUGCAGCGGGAGCAGCAGCUGCAGGCCCGGGGCCGGGUGCUGGAGGAGGAGCGGGCAGGGCUGGAGCAGCGGCUUCGGGAGCAACAGCAGGCUCAGGAGCGCUGCCAGCGGUUGCGGGAGGACUGGGAGGCAGGGAGCCUGGAGCUUCUGAGGCUUAAGGAUGAGAACUACAUGAUCGCCAUGCGCCUGGCACAGCUCAGCGAGGAGAAGAACUCAGCCGUGCUGCGCAGCCGGGACUUGCAGCUGGCGGUGGAUCAGCUCAAGCUCAAGGUGAGCCGGCUGGAGGAAGAGUGCACGCAGCUGCGGAGGGCCAGGGGGCCACUCCCUGGGGCCGAGGAGAAAGAGAAAGAGCCCGACAGUGCGGACCUAGUCUUGGAGCUCCGCGCUGAGAACCAGCGGCUGGUGGCCUCGCUGCAGGAGCUGCAGGAAGGCCUGCAGCAGGAGGCAAGCCGGCCAGGGGCCCCUGGCUCCGAGCGCAUCCUCCUAGACAUCCUGGAGCAUGACUGGCGUGAGGCGCAGGACAGCCGGCAGGAGCUGUGCCAGAAGCUGCAUGCUGUGCAGGGGGAGCUGCAGUGGGCCGAGGAGCUGCGGGACAAGUAUCUGCAGGAGAUGGAGGACCUGCGGCUGAAGCACCGUACGCUGCAGAAGGACUGUGACCUGUACAAGCACCGCAUGGCCACCGUCCUGGCCCAGCUGGAGGAGAUCGAGAAGGAGCGGGACCAGGCCAUCCAGAGCCGAGACCGUAUUCAGCUGCAGUACUCGCAGAGCCUCAUUGAGAAGGACCAGUACCGGAAGCAGGUCCGAGGCCUGGAGGUGGAGCGGGAUGACCUGCUGACGGCGCUCACCAGCCUGGAGGGCGCCAAGGCCCUGCUGGAGGUGCAGCUACAGCGGGUCCAGGGGGGGCCCCAUCUCAAGGCCUGCGCCUCUUCCCAUUCCCUGUGCUCCAACCUCAGCAGCACCUGGAGCCUCAGCGAGUUCCCAUCCCCGCUGGGAGGCCCAGAAGCAGCGGGGGAGGUGCCUGUCGUGGGAGGGCCCGAGCCCCACACCUCGGAGGAGGCCAUGGACAAUGAGAAGGAGAUCAAUCGCCUCUCCAUCCUGCCCUUUCCGCCCAGCGCUGGCUCCAUCCUCCGCCGGCAGCGAGAGGAAGACCCCGCGCCCCCUAAGAGGUCCUUCAGCAGCAUGUCAGACAUCACAGGGAGUGUGACGCUCAAGCCCUGGUCCCCGGGCCUCUCCUCGUCCUCGUCCUCCGACAGCGUGUGGCCUUUGGGAAAGCCGGACGGCCUUCUGGCCAGAGGCUGUGGAUUGGAUCUCUUCAACAGGUCUCUGGCCAUCCGAGUGUCUGGCUGGAAUCCCCCGGGGGGACCUGAGCCCCAGGACAAGGGCCCAGAUAGCCUGUCAUUCCUCGGGGACAGCUGGUCUGGGGCUGUUGUGCGGAGGGUGCUCUCUGGACCAGGGUCGGCCAGGGUAGAACCAAGAGAGCCAAGGGCAGAGGCCACUGGUUUGGAGGGGGCAGGCCUGGAAGGCGAGGCCCAGCAGAGAACCUUGCCCCGGAAACAGACGUCCACACUCCCACUGAUGGACUUCAAGGGUAAAGCUGGCCCGGGGCGGGCAGGCACUGAGGACUCAGGAGUCCUGGAAGCCUGCCAGUCCUUCCACGAGGCCCUGGACGCCUGGGUGAGGGAGCCAGGAGCUGAGCCCUUCUACAUUCGAGCCAACCUCACCCUGCCUGAGCGGGCUGACCCCCACGCCCUGUGUGUGAGAGCUCAGGAGAUACUGAGGCUGGUGGACCCGGCAUAUAAGCGACGGCAGGAGUGGUUCUGCACGCGGGUCGACCCCCUCACUCUGCGAGACCUGGACCGGGGCACCGUGCCCAAUUAUCAGAGAGCCCAGCAGCUCCUGGAAGUUCAGGAGAAAUGCCUGCCAUCCAGCCGACACCGGAGCCCCCGCAGUAAUCUAAAGAAGCGUGCCCUGGACCAGCUGCGACUGGUGAAGCCCAAGCAUGUGGGGAGUCCUCCUGGGGACUCCCCAGAGCAGCUGCUGCUGGAGCCCUGCUCAGAGCCAGAGCGGAGCCUCAAACCCUACAGCCUGGUGCGGCCCCUGCUGGUGUCUGCUCUGCGGCCCGUGGUGCUUUUGCCUGAGUGCCUGGCGCCCCGGCUCAUCCGCAACCUCCUAGACCUGCCCAGCUCCCGGCUGGACUUCCAAGUGUGCCCAGCGGAAAGCCUCUCUGGAGAGGAACAGUGCACACUGUCAGCGCCCGGAGCCCCCAAGGCCCGGCCUGCCGCCCCCAGUCUGGGCAGCAGGAUCCGUGCCAUCCAGGAGUCUGUCGGGAAGAAGAAGCACUGCCUGUUGGAGCUGGGUGCUCGGGGCGUGCGGGAGCUGGUCCAGAACGAGAUCUACCCCAUCGUCAUCCACGUGGAGGUGACCGAGAAGAAUGUCCGGGAAGUCAGGGGUCUGCUGGGCCGGCCGGGCUGGCGGGACUCUGAGCUGUUGCGGCAGUGCCGGGGCUCAGAGCAUGUGCUCUGGGGGCUGCCCUGCUCCUGGGUGCAGGUGCCCGCCCACGAGUGGAGCCACUCGGAGGAGCUGGCCAAGGUGGUGCGGGGACGCAUCCUGCAGGAGCAGGCCCGCCUUGUGUGGGUGGAGCGUGGCAGUACCAGAGGCGGCGGCAGCAGCAGCAGCAGCGAGGCCUGAGGGCCCCCCUGGAAUGCCUGCGCCUUCCUCACACACUCCAGAAGCCACCACCAGGAACCCUGGUCUGCAGUGGAGCCGGGUCCUCCCCAUCCUGAGCCUUCCUCAACCCUGGGACUCGACGUGGGGCCCUCGGCUCUGGGCUCUGGGCUCUCUCACCCAUAGAAGCCCCUGGCCAGAGCUCCCUCCCACCCCUGGACUUGCCGCUCUGGGCCUUCCCCUGGCCCUGUGUCUCCACGGACCCUUCUCGUGGGUCUCACACACACCUCUGUGUCCUGUCCCUCAUGGCGCUCCUCAGAGCAUCUGCGUUCUCAGUCCUGUGCGUUGGUUUGCACACUCAAGAUCCCACAGGGUGGACUCGAGUCUGCCCCUCCCCUUGGCUCACGAGGUCUCCUGGCUCCACAGCCUCUUAUUAUUUUUUUUUUUUGGCCUCACUGCAUGUGGCAUGCAGGAUCUUUGUUCCCUGACCAGGGACUGAACCUGUGCCCUGUGCAGUGGAAGCACAGAGUCUUCAUCGCUGGACCACUGGGGAAGUCCUCCACAGCCUCUUCUGUUCACAGGAGCCCCCGAGCCUGUCGUGUGGGACACCCACCCAUGCAGCUGGCAUUUCUUGUGUUUACCUCCAUGGGGGCAUUGUGGUUUCCCCAGUCCACUGUCACUUGUGCCCCUUGUGUCUUCCAGUCACAUGUGUGUCUGUGGUUCUCCCCUGUGUAAAUGUCAUGCCCCCCACCCCCAUGACCCUUAGGACACUAACCCGCGUGUGUUCCUGGUGAGCACACCCAAGGACCAUGUUCUCACAGCACCUGCGCCCUUCCCUGCCCUGCCUCUCAGAGGGAUGGGUGGGGAGGGGGCCAGCCACUCCGUUACCAGAAUGUACAGCUUGUGGAUUUUUAAUGGGCCUUUUUUUUUCCCCUCAGAAGCUGCACAUUAUGGAACAUUAAACAGUUUGUCAUAGAA